AUGGAGAUACCCUUGAAAUCACAACCAAAAGUGUCAACUGUAAACCUACUAGACGACUCCAAAUUCCAAAUCACCCCACUGGUAUCACCCACUGAUGAAGACGUUCACACUCAAUUACCGUCCAAUCUAAACUACAAAGUGGGCCACAGUGCCAAACCUACCAUCAACUACAACCUUGAUCAUGACUCCCACCCAUUGCCAUCGCAAUUUAGACUAACCAGACGAUUCUCAGAAACGGAAAAGAAUAACUUUGAUCUGGAAACAGGACGGCGUAUCUUUGAAGACGGAAAGAUCAGACCCCAUGUUAUCAAACACGACUUUCUUGAACGGCAAAAGACAUUUACCCAUUUGUAUGGAUCACGAGCGGACCCUGCUUCCAUGACAGCAGACCCCUCCACUACUACCACUAAUCUAGUAACACUCACCAAUAACGAAAAUGCAUACCCCUUCGAAGCACUCCCCAUGAAGAUAUAUUCCCGUUCCCAUGAUAGUAACAUUGACAUUAAUGAGAAUUACCGUAUUGGACUAGAAGAUGAAUAUAUCCCUGGGUUAGAUUUCUCAGAUAUGGUCUAUCAAUGGAAUAAGAGCACCUCGGAUUUUGAAAAGGGUAAACAAUCCGAUUCCAACAGCAACAGUGCAUAUACUAGUCAUUCAAAUACCCCACAUAGUCGAGAAGAGUCAUACCUUGAUUUGAACAAAUUACAUGCCCAAGUUGCCCCACAACCCAUCAGAACAGCUAACCCCGCAAAGAACUUUUCAUUCUCAAAGUUGCACGAGUACAUGAAGACGAGACUACCUGAGGGGGAAAUCGCUGAACUGCUGACUGCCAAAAGCAUAGACACUUUAACUUCGACCUCGUCUGAAAAGCGAGGGGGUGUUCCAUGUGACGACAUUGUUGAAUUACCCAUUCGAGCCAAGAAACAAAGGCCGAGUGACAGCGUAAUUGAUCCAGUCACGGGUGAGAUAAACUACGAAUUGAUUGUUAAUUCUCUCCCACCUAAUUUCAAUGAUUUGCCAUAUUCCCAACGAAAGAAGAUCGUCAAGUCAUUUUCAGACUCUAUUGACUAUUCUCAAUUUUCGGUAUAUGCCAAGAACUUUUUGGGAUCUUCGCUAGGAUCAGGGAAAACACCAAGAAGUGGAGGUAAUUCUGCCAAUAACAGUUUUGUGAAACGACCACGGGUGGGCAGUGUAGCUAGUCGAUUACUUGCCCAUGCUUCCACUAAUGAUUUGAAAAAGUACCAUGAACCCAAGCAAAAGUACAAUAUUGAUGAAAAAGGUGCAAUUGUAAUGGGUCACGAAUUGGGUAAAAUAAUCGGGUUUGGUGCAUGGGGGACAAUUAGAGAAUGCACCGACAAUGCAGGAAACAUCCGUGCCAUUAAGAUUGUCAAAUCGAUUAGAGACUGCGAUACCCCGCUGAGUCGACCUAGCUCUCGAAUGGAUUUCUCAGAUAAUCGACAGAGACAUAACCCCAAAGUAUUAGAAGUGUUCAAGAAGGAAAUAUCUAUAUGGAAACAAUUGCAUCAUGAAAAUAUUCUUCCCUUGAUUGAGCAUUUAGAAACCGAGAAUGCGAUCUUUUGUAUUAUGGAACGUAUUUAUGGGGGUACUUUAUUUGAAAUGGUUACUGCUAUGGGUCAAUUUGAUUGUGGGUUACAUACAACAACUGGACCGCUUGGGUUCCUGAUUGAAUCCCAACGAGAACGAUUAUUACGAGUAAUUGAUUGCACAAGACAAAUUGUCAAUGCAUUACUUUACAUGCAUGAAGAAAAAGGGAUUGUUCAUGGUGAUUUGAAGUUAGAAAAUGUAUUACUUGAAAGAAAAGACGAUGAUUUAUAUCAAAUCAAGCUUUGCGAUUUUGGGAUGUCUCGAGUAUACAGUGCUCGUGUGAGUCGACAAAAUUCCGCCAAGCACCUAGCGUCACCAAUUGCCAGUUUGGCUGUGGAUGAAAAUGCGCUAAUGAUGAGAAGCAGGUCUAGCAAUGCUGGAAUGAGGAAACCACUUAUUGGAGGGGACACUCCCAAUUCCCGAAAAUUGGAAUUGAGCAUUCAUGAUGAUUCCCGAGUAGGUAUAUCCAACUUUUUCAAAACCCAUGGUCCCUCAAUGCAAUCCAUUCACCUUACACCAAACACAUAUCCCGAAAUUUACGAUUUCACAGCGGGUAAAGCAUCUCCUAGCAUAAACGAAGGGGUUGAUUCCGGAUUACCCCAUUCCCACAUUGGUUCAUUGCCUUACGCCGCCCCAGAAUUGUUACUACCUUCUCCACCACCAUUAGGACCCCUGGCUGAUGUAUGGGCUUUAGGUGUAUUGAUGUACGCCAUGUGUGUUGGUAAACUACCAUUCCAGCAUCAGUAUGAACCUCGAUUACGUGCUAUUAUAGCUGCUGGAAAAUUUAACAAGGCCGAUUUAAGAAAGGCGUGUUUGUUAGAAUGGGUGCUUAAGAAAGAAGGUUGCGACGAAGAAGAAGAAGCACAAAAUGCAUUUGCAGCUUCAUCGAUGGUGGAUUUAAGACGACAAGAGGAAUGGGAGCAUUUGAGAUGUUCCUGGAAAAAGAUUGAACACAAACGAGAGUUUAAAUGGCUUUAUGAUAUAAUAUGUGGAUGUUUGGAAUCAAACAUCACAAAGAGAUGGGACACGCCCAAGAUCUAUGAGCAUCUCAAUCGGGCAUUAGAGAGUAAUGAUUUAUUUUAA